AUGCUCCGUGCGACUCUCUUUCUCUUUGUCCCACUCCCUUCUCUCCGUUUCACGCGGCAGCUGUUCAACAAGCUAUUGGUGGCGAAUCGCGGCGAGAUCGCGUGUCGCAUACUGCGCACGGCGAAGAAGCUGGGCAUCCCCACCGUCGCCGUCUACUCCGACACCGACAUCGAGGCUCCCCACGUCCGCCUCGCCGACGAGGCCGUGCACGUCGGACCGUCGCCGGCGAACGAGAGCUACCGCAACGUGGAGCGAGUCAUGGACGCUGUCAUCAAGGCCGGCGCCGACGCCGUGCAUCCGGGGUACAGCUUUCUGUCGGAGAAGCCCGAGUUCGCGGAGAAGCUCAAGGCGCAGGGCGUCACGUUCGUGGGCCCCACGCCUGAAGUCAUGCGCCUCAUGAAGGACAAGACGGCGAGCAAGCACGCGGCGGUGGCGGCGGGGCUGCAGGUGCUGCCCAUCGGGGAUGCCGUCGCCUCCGACGAGGACCACGCCGUCCAACUCGCCAACAAGGUGGGGUUCCCAGUGGUGCUCAAGUCCCUCGACCGCAACCAGUCCCACGUGCUGCGCAUUGCCUCGAACGCGCGUGAGGUGCGGGACCACUACGACCAGUUCCAGCAGGACCUGUCGUUCGUCUCGCCUGGCGCGCACAGCCAAGUCGUCGUCGAACACUACCUGGAGAAGGCGCGGCUGAUUGAGAUUCAGAUCGUGGCCGACAAGCAUGGCGGCAUGCUGUGGUUCCCGGAGCGAGAGGCGUCCAUCCAGAGGCGCUACCAAAAGCUGAUAGACGAGUCACCGAGCACGUUUGUGGACGCCGCCACGCGCAAGGCGCUGGUGGAGCAGUCCGUGGCGCUGGCACGCUCCAUCAACUACGACACCACCGGCACGGUGGAGUUCCUACUGAGUCAGAGCAAGGACAUCUACUUCCGAGGCAUGAGCACUCGCCUGCAUGCGGGGCACGUGGCGUCGGAGUGUGUGACGGGAGUGGACAUAGUGGAGCUCAUGCUGCGAGCAGCAGCGGGGCAGAAGCUCGCCGUGCCGCAGGACCGCAUAGCCGAGCCCAAGGGCUGGGCCAUCGGUGCCCGCAUCUACAGCGACAACCCGCGCAAAAACUUCCUCCCGUCGAGUGGCAAGAUCCUACGGUACAUUGAGCCCGCCAUGCAGUGCUCAAACGAGGGCAUUUUGCGCAUCGACUCGGGUGUGUCUGAGGGUGACGUCAUCAACUUCUACUACCACCCCCUCAUGUCCAAGGUGACCACGUGGGCGCCCACACGAGAUGCGGCCAUUGACAAGAUGGAGUUCGCCCUGGACCGGUACUACAUCGAGGGCAUAGAGAGCAACAUCCCCUUCCUGCGCUGCAUCGUCUCCCACCCGGCAUUUGCAUCGGGCAACAUAACGACCAAUUUCAUUCAGGAUAACUUCCCUGCUGGCUUCUACAACGACCACCUCUCCCCCCGUGAAGAGAGCGAGCUGGCGGGCAUAUCAGCCUUCCUGCACGUGAUCAAGGGCGUGCGUGCCUCUGCCACCGUCACCUCGGACCGCCCCGCAGCGGACGCCACGGCAGCAGCGGCGGCGGCAACGCUGUCACAGAAGGCAGUCACGGAGAAGCUGGUGGUGUCCGUGGAUGGCCAGCAGGUGCCCGUCACUCUCACGCACUGGCCCUCCGACAAGCACCCCGUUCUGCGCCGCGCCAAGGUGGACGUGGCGGGGGAGGUGAUGGAGGUGGAGGAGCGGGACCCCAUCCUGAGCGGCAAGGGGCUCAUCCACAUGAGUCUGGACGGCAAGGACACCAGUGUGUGCAUCCGCCAGGAGCUGCCACGUGGCUUCUCCAUGCUCUACCACGGCAGCAUCAAGGACGAGGUGUUGGUGCAGAGAGCGGACUUAGCACCGCUGCAGAAGUUCAUGCCCAAGAAGAAGACCGACGACGUCGCCCAUCUCAUCCGCACGCCCAUGCCGGGCUCUGUCGUCAAGAUCUCCGUGCGCUACAAGCAGAAGGUGCUGCCCGGGGACGAGCUGGUGACAAUCGAGGCGAUGAAGAUGCGUAAUGUGAUUAGAGCGGAGGAGGCGGGGGUGAUCCGCGGCAUCUACGUGAAGGAGGGGCAGACCGUCAAGGUCGGCGAGAUGCUGCUCGACCUCGACGUGUAA